UAAGAGCUAUAGGUAGGGUUUAUAGGGAUGGAUGGAGAUGUGUACCUCCGUCGGUUGGUCCAGUUUAUUCGGGCAAAUGAGUCAUCAUUGGCAUCAUCUUUGGAGAAUCCAACAAGAUGGAUUGAAUCAGAGGAAAAGAGGAUAUCAGUUCUAAUGGGUCUUUAUCAAUGGAUGAAUGAAGGGAAAAUGGGGUGGAGAUCAUGUACGUUGUCUAUGACGCCGCAUUAUUUGUUUUAUGUGCUUUCUCGGUUUAGUGAGUUGGAACUGACGACAGGACCAAUGAAUAUAAGAUUAGAAAGGUUGCAGAAUGGGAAUGAGGGUGGAAACUAUGUAUCGUUUUUAAAGGAUUAUCCGAAUGGAUGGAAAAAAGAAGAUACAAGUGAUACACGAUCUAUUCGGAGUGUAAAUUCUAUUCGAAGUGUAGUUAAGGGAGUUUCUAAUAUAUGGGGGCGAUUGAGUUCAGGAUGGAGGAUUUCGCCUAAAGAAAGGGUUUAUGAGCAGGUUCGGACAGAUAUUAUGUAUUUAUAUUCAUCUUUUACGAAGUUACCUUCGUUAAGAUUGGUUCCGUCGUCAAGUUAUCGAAUGAUUGAUGGAUAUGAGGAAUUUCCUUUUGAUACAGCAAUUCCUUUAUUUGUAUUCAAGAAUUUAAAGAGUUUAGAAAUUGUGAAUAUUGAAAUUGGAAGGUUUUAUGGCUGGGAUAAGAUUGCAGAUAAUUUGCGUUUUUUAACAGUGAAAGGAUGUGGAAUACGUGAUGCUAGUGAAUUGAUUGUUGAUAUUGUUUUGAAGAAUAUUGAAAAACGUAGAAAAAUGAGGAUUCGUAAGAGUAAUUCUUUGCCAUUGGCAUUACGAAAUAAAUCUGUUGAAUCGAAUCAAAUUCAUCCGUUGAUUGAAAUGGCUAAUAUUUCAAGUAUAGAGUCUUCAAUAGAUCUUAAGAAGGCAUUUGUAUCUCAUGUUAGAAAGUUUUCAUCACCGUUAUAUGAUAAUUCCGAAGUACAGUAUCAUCCACAUAAUUCGGAUUCUUCCAAUAGAUCUUGUAAUUCUGCUGAUACUAUGCCAAUUGCACAGCCUCAUCCUGAAAUUCUUCCCUUAAAGAAAUGGUAUUUUUUGAAAUAUUUAUCUUUAUCCAAUAAUUCAUUGAAUAUGCUCUCAUUUUCUGCAGUAAUUCCAAUUGCGCGUUCUUUGGUUUCUUUGGAUAUUUCUCAUAAUAUGUUUAUUGAGAUUCCAUAUUCUUUAUCGAUACUUACUUCUUUGAAAUCUUUAAAUAUUUCUUAUAAUAGGAUUGAGUCAUUACAAUCGUUAAUGCGUCAUCCUCUUUUGUCAAUAGCUACUAUUGAUAUACGUUCUAACCGCUUACGAUCGUUGAUUGGAAUUGAGAAACUGAUAAAUCUUCAAAGAUUAGAUAUUAGAGAUAAUUGUUUGUCUGAUCCGAUGGAAGUCACAAGAUUAGCAAAUGCGCACACUUUUAAACAAAUAUGGGUAUCUGGAAACCCAUUUACUUAUAAGCAUUUUUCGACCUAUCGAAUUACUAUAUUUAAUAUAUUUCGCUCCAUGCCUAACCAUGUUUGUGAUGUUCUUAUAGAUGGACAAGGGCCAGGAAUCAUGGAAAGACGUAGAUUGAUUGAAAAAGUUCGCAAACGUAAACAAAUUUCGCUGGAAUCUGAAAAAAUAUCUCAUGAUUCAUCUAAUAUUGAUCCUCAGAAAAUUAUUUUUUCUGAACAUGGAAUUGUUGAUUUUGAUGAGUUUCCUAAGGAUGACCAAAUAUUAAUUGGAAAAACUAUAGUUAAAAAUAAUGAUUGUAAUAUUGAUAAUUUUUCUCUAGUUCAGAAUAAUGAUGUUGAUAUGAAUUUUCAGAAGGAUGAGGAUUAUAGUCAUCAAGUAGAGGCUUUAAAAAAAAAUGCUGGUAAAAACUGGUUAACAGUUUUAAAUGAGGAGAUGUGGGUUAAACAACAAUAACUUUUAAAUAUGAAUGUUGGUUUAU